AUGAAUAACAGUAAUAGUUAUAUCAACAACAACAACAACAACGAAAAUAUUAACAACUAUAUUAGCAAUAACAACAACAAUAAUAUAAACAGUUAUGCUAAUUCUAGAAAUAAGAGACUAAAUGAUGAUCAUUGGUCUUCUGAUGACGUUAAAUCAUACAGCAAUAACAACAACAACAACACCGACAGUAAUAAAAUACUCAUUCUCAAUGAGUAUCAUGUAAAUAGCCUAAAGAAACAGAGAGUUGGCUAUGCACAAACAGACAACGAUGUCAAUUGUCAAGUUAUUUUAAGUGAUACGUUGACAACAUCAUCACCAUCGCAAUCGCCAUCCUCAACAAUGACAUCUAGCUCUAUCAAUAGACAACAGAGUAAUCUCUCUUUUGGACAUCAUCAUGAGCUGAUAUUAGAUCGACCACAAACCAGCAACAACACCAACAAUCGACCACCACCACUUCCACCACCACCUUCCUUUUUGAAAAGAGCAGCACUCAAACAUUAA